GGUUCUCCAAGAAGUACACAUUCAUCUGUAGAAGGGGAAAAGAAGUGAUCCGUCACCAUGAGUACGGACGCGGAGAUGCAAAUCUACGGCAAGGCUGCCAUAUACCUCCGUAAGCCUGAGAAGGAGAGGAUGGAGGCACAAACCGCACCCUUUGAUUCAAAGAAUGCCUGCUAUGUCGCAGACACCAAGGAGCUUUACCUUAAGGGUUUGGUCACUGCCAGGGCUGAAGGAAAGUGUACUGUGACAGUCGCGCAUCCGGACGGCACUAAGGAGGCAGGAAAAGAGUUCAAGGAAGCAGACGUCUACCAGAUGAACCCCCCGAAGUACGACAAGAUUGAGGACAUGGCCAUGAUGACCUACCUGAAUGAAGCCUCUGUGUUGUAUAACCUCAAAGAGCGUUAUGCAGCAUGGAUGAUCUAUACCUACUCUGGGCUGUUCUGUGCCACGGUGAACCCCUACAAGUGGCUUCCUGUGUACGACAUGGAGGUUGUUAACGCCUACAGAGGGAAGAAGAGGAUGGAGGCUCCACCCCAUAUCUUCUCCGUCUCUGACAACGCCUUUCAGUUCAUGCAGAUUGACCAGGAGAACCAGUCCGUCCUGAUUACUGGAGAAUCCGGUGCAGGAAAGACUGUCAACACCAAGCGUGUCAUCCAGUACUUUGCCACCAUUGCAGUGUCUGGUGCCAAGAAGGAAGCAGAACCAGGCAAAAUGCAGGGAUCUCUUGAGGAUCAGAUCAUUGCUGCUAACCCUCUGCUGGAGGCUUACGGUAAUGCCAAGACAGUGAGGAACGACAACUCGUCUCGCUUCGGUAAAUUCAUUAGGAUUCACUUCCAAGGUAGCAAACUGGCUAAAGCUGACAUUGAGACCUACCUGCUAGAGAAGUCCAGAGUGUCCUUCCAGCUUCCCGAUGAGAGAGGUUACCACAUCUUCUUCCAGAUGAUGACCAAUCACAAACCUGACAUUAUUGAAAUGUCACUCAUCACCACCAACCCCUACGACUUCCCCAUGUGCAGUCAGGGUCAGAUCACUGUGGCCAGCAUCAACGACAAGGAAGAGCUGGAUGCCACAGACGAUGCCAUUACAUUCCCUGGGCUUCACUAAUGAUGAGUAAAAAUAGCAUCUACAAGCUG